AUGUCAGACGAAUUAGCUCGAGAAGCAGAGAGAUUGCUUAAAUCGACGUCAAUUUUAAAUCACAAGUAUGGGAUACCCGAAGUUGAACCAAAUCAAACAUCAUCAAAUAUCAAAGAGCUCGAACAGAAAUAUUUCACCAUGUAUAAGUCCCUAAAUCAUAAACUAAAUAAACUCAUGUACCUUAAUAAAAUACAAGAAGUGGAAUCAUUACCUGACGAACAAAUCAAACAACAAGUUGAAAUAAUCAAACACAAUAUGGGAAUAACAGAUAGUGAAGAGUUAUUGGAUUUCUUGAAAUUACAAAAUUCUGAAAUCAAAACAGAUCGAUUAUUGUUGAGUUACUUAUUAAUGACUAAGCCUAUAUUGAAAAGUAUCCAUCAAUCACAGUUGAAUACUUCGGAACAGAAUAUACAUUCCAUGUUGACUGAAUUGUAUGAUGACGAAAAGGGUUUAAUAACUAAUUACAAGGAGAAAGAAUUUGACAGGGAAGCUUACAAUACCAUUACAAAAGUAAUCAAACCAUUAAUCGAGGAAUCGACAGAAUUGAACAAAACAUUGAAGGAAUCAAAUAGAAAGUAUGUUCAGAAUAAGGAAAAUAUAGUAAGGGAAACCAUCUCGAACCAAGGAGAUAAAAGGAAAGAGUUUUAUGAAUUGGUGAAUAAAUGGGAAAAGUUGCAACAAAUGUGUUUAGAAAUACCAGAAAGAAUUCUUGAAUUACCAGUAAAUUGGUAUGACGAUCCAGAGUUACUUUCAAUUAUGGAACAAGUUGAUCAAAUACAGAUCAAACUAAAUAAGUAUCUCCUGAUUGCCAAUAAAGAUACAGUGAGUAUGUUUACCACAACAGAACUACUAGCUCUAGAAUUUCCUGAAUGA